CCCAUCACUAAUUCCCCAUGAGAAACGACAUGAGGCUCUCCAUCUCUUUCUUAUCCCAUCCGACCUCGGCUACCCUAAUCCAUCAUCCUCCCCCAUCUCCACCUGCGAUCUGCUGAUCGUUUGGGUUUCUUGGGGCCGCCGCAGUGUUGUGCAUCAGAUCGAUUCUCUAUUAUAUGCCCACCGCGAGGAUAUGAUGAGUGUCAUCUCGAGCCAUCCUCAAAAUUUACCACUUCGAGUCUUUGACAGUUCCAUAAAGAGCAGAGUAAGUAAAAUACAAUGUUUGGGAUAUUCAGGCACAGAGUUGCCUCCUGGAGGGACACCAAGUGCUAAACAUCAACAACUCAUUAGUAUCCAUGGAAGAACACGAUGUUCUAGGCUGGUUAUUGUAAGAGCAGUCAGCGAUGAAGCAGAAUCAAACAGCUCUGAUGAUGAUGAGAAGGACCCGGAAACUAAAAAGGAAGAGGUUAACGGUGGGUUAUCCCGUGAUUAUUUGGAGCGAAUAAUUGGAAUAGAUGAUUCAACUUUUAGUGGAACGGAUCUUGCAACUCUAAUCAGGAAAAAGUAUGGUAGAUCAUAUGAUGUCCAACUAAUUAAGAAGGAAUUUAUGGGACGAAACUUGCUGGCAAUGAAUGUCAUGUGGAAAUACAUGGAGCAGAGAUCCUUUCCCUUGACUGAAGAGGAGUAUAUAUUGAGACUUGAUGACAUAGCAAAUACGUUGAAGUGUUGGGGAGCUGUCUCACAUAUUCGGAAUAGCCUUGCUAAAUCGAAGGAACGUCCUCGAAUAGGAAAAUCAGCAUCUUCAUAGACAUGGAUGAAACUGGGGGCCGUUCUAGCGAGUGGAUCUACAAGUGAUUGGCAGGCAAAUCAUGCAUUUUUUGUGCAUUUUUAACGAGACACUCGGAUCACUCUGCUGAAUUCAACACCUUUGGUGAAUCAAUAUUGAAAUUAUCUCAAUUGAUGUGCCUUUGAUCCUUGUGGUCACAUGAUGUCCCCAAAGUAACCUGAACGGAGUCAAGAUGUUCAUAAUCUCGUGCAUGCAUUAGUUCACGCCAGCCUUCUGUAUUAUCUUUAAAGUUUCACGUAUCAAAAUAUAAUCUUACAUGGUAAAUGAUCGAUGUCUGUGUACAAAGUUUUAUCAGUAUCAGGUUGUCACUGAUUACAGUCUCAAUGAUAUCCGAUGUUCUUCA